UACAUCAUCUUCGUUCAACGUGGUUUCAUCGUGAAAUCUUACUCUUCUUUAUUGGACUUUUUCUAGUGAGUAUAUUACUGUGGUUUGUUGUUUUAUAGCACUAGCAACAAGAAAACUCAUUAGCGUUUUACUUUUAGUAGUAAUGGAGCUAGGAGUUACUUGCAGCUUGUCGGUACCGCCAUUAUCUGUACUAUUAACAGGAGAAUUUGUGAAGCCCGACAUUGUAUUGAACGUGGCAUGGGGAAAGGCUACUACCUUAGAAAUAUCAAAUAACGGAGUAACUCUUAACUCGGCCAUUGCUAUAUGUCGCUAUCUAGCACGACUUGCCCCAUCAAAAGGUCUUUAUGGUACUAGUGUUUUAGAAAAAACUGAAGUGGAUCACUGGUUAGAAUUUACCACCAAGUUGUGUUCUCCAAGUGAAUUUUCUCAGAAUAUUAAAUAUUUAAAUGAGGUAUUCCAGGCACCAAUUUUGUAUCUUGUUGGUCAGACAGUCACACUUGCAGAUGUAGCUGUAUGGGCAGCUCUGUAUCAGAAUAACCAAUGGCAAAAGUUAUUGACAAAAGGAACAGCCCCAUUUAACCUUCUUCGUUGGUACAAGUUUUUAUCUUCUACAGAACCAUUUAAUGCAGCUGAACAACUGCUGCCUGCUGAAACUCAAAUGAAAAUGGGCAGAAUAUCUGGUAAAGAUGAUAAAAAAGCGAAAUCAAAUGACAAGGGUACCAAAGAUGAAGGAAAGUUUGUUGACUUACCUGGAGCUGAGAAAGGAAAAGUGGUGAUUCGUUUUCCUCCAGAAGCCAGUGGAUUUCUUCAUAUAGGUCAUGCCAAAGCUGCACUCUUGAAUCAGUAUUAUCAAAAUGAAUUUGAAGGAAAAUUAAUUUUACGUUUUGAUGAUACAAACCCUGCCAAGGAAAAAGAAGAUUUUGAAAAGGUCAUUUUAGAAGAUGUUGAAAUGCUAGGUAUAAAACCUAACAUUUUUUCGUACACUUCAGAUUAUUUUGAUGUGCUUCUUCAAAGCUGUGAAGAUUUAUUGAAAUCUGGUAAAGCCUAUGUUGAUGACACUGAUGGGGAAACCAUGAAAGUUGAAAGAGAGGAAAGAAAAGAGUCAAAAAAUAGAAACAAUUCUGUACAAAGAAAUUUAGAAAUGUGGGAAGAAAUGAAGAAAGGGUCUAAAAAUGGCCAAAAUUGUUGUGUUAGAGCUAAAAUAGACAUGAAUGCUGACAAUGGUUGUAUGCGAGAUCCAACUCUGUACCGUUGUAAGAAAGAAACUCAUCCCCGUACAGGAAAUAAAUAUAAUGUAUAUCCUACUUAUGAUUUUGCAUGUCCUAUAGUAGAUAGUAUAGAAAAUGUCACUCAUGCUCUCAGAACAACAGAGUAUCAUGAUCGUGAUGAGCAGUAUUUUUGGAUCCUUGAUGCUUUGGAAAUGAGAAAGCCUUAUAUUUAUGAGUAUUCAAGGCUGAAUAUGAUGAAUACAGUUCUUUCUAAACGAAAGUUAACAUGGUUUGUUGAGCAGGGUAUUGUAGAUGGAUGGGAUGAUCCUCGUAUGCCUACUGUAAGAGGUGUUCUAAGACAGGGCAUGACAGUAGAGGGUCUUAAGCAGUUUAUUAUAGCUCAGGGUUCUUCCCGUUCUGUUGUAAUGAUGGAUUGGGAUAAAAUAUGGGCUUUUAAUAAAAAAGUUAUUGACCCAAUUUCUCCUCGGUUUACAGCUGUUGAGAAAGAUAAUGUAGUUUCUGUUAUUGUGAAAGAUGCAAGUGAAGAACCACAACAAGUUCCAAAGCAUCCAAAAAAUCCAGAUGUAGGUAUGAAGACUGUGUGGACUGGACCUCACAUUGUAAUUGAUAGAGCUGAUGCAGAAGCUAUGAAGGAUGGUGAAAAUGUGACAUUCAUCAACUGGGGAAAUUUGUUGAUUAAAUUCAUCAAAAAGAAUAGUCUAGGGCAAGUUGAGCAGAUAGAAGCUACUCUUAACUUAGACAAUAAAGACUAUAAGAAAACACUGAAGGUUACCUGGCUUGCUAACACUGAAAAAGCUCCUUUGGUUCCAUGUGUUUUUAUCUAUUUUGAUCAUCUUAUUACAAAAUCAAUUUUGGGUAAGGAUGAAGACUUCAAAUGUUUCCUUGCAGACACCACUAAGACAGAGGUGAUGAUGUUAGGUGAUCCAGAAAUGAAAAAACUGAAGAAAAAUGACAUCAUACAAGUCCAAAGAAAGGGUUAUUUUAUCUGUGACCAGCCUUAUGAUUCCGGAAGUAAUGACAGCCGUGUUGUACUAAUAUUUAUACCUGAUGGUUCUAAGGAUACAAAUAUGUUGCCUGAAAUUGUAAGAAAAGCAAAAGGCAUAGGUAAAAACCAAAAUAAGAGUGUAACGGCCAAAGCAGAAGUUGUACAGUCUUCAACUAAUAAAAAUAAAGACUUGGAUGAUGCUAGAGUAAAGGAACUUAAUGAUCAAAUUAAAGCUCAGGGUGAGAAAGUCCGUUCGUUGAAAUCAGAAAAGGUAGAUAAGAUGGUUAUUGAUGCUGAAGUUCAAGAGCUUUUGAAGUUGAAAGCAGACUUUAAGAUUAUUACUGGUAAAGAAUGGAAACUUGAUACACAUAUCAAGAGUGCAGAACAGGCAAACCAGUCUAAAAGUAAUAAAAAAAAUGUAAAUAAUAAAGAAGAGGAUGAGUGUUCUUCAGAAAACCUUUCUGGUCUUUCACUAGAAUUAGAUAAACAGAUUAAGAACCAAGGUGACAAAAUUAGACAUAUGAAAGUAGAGAAGGUAAGCAAGGAUGUAUUAGAUCCCGAAAUACAGACACUCCUUAAGCUAAAAACAGAUUUUAAAGCUCUCACAGGAAAGGAGUGGAAGCCUUCAAGUAGCAAUACUAGUAAUGUAAAAAAGAAGGAAGAUGGCAAAGGAGAUUGCCAAACAAAGGAUUCUGCCACAAAAGAUCAAUAUAAAGAUGCAGCAGGAUUAAAGGCAAAAGCUGAUGCUCAGGGUGAAAAAGUACGAAAUUUAAAAACAAGUGGAGCAUCCAAGCAAGAGAUAGAGUCUGAAGUAAAGAUUCUUUUAGAUUUAAAAGCUAAAUACAAAGAAUUGACAGGAGAAGAUUUAAAUAAAGGAGCUGACAAAAGAAAAGAUAAAAAGAAAGAGAAACCAGAAGGGAAGCAAGAUCUGAAUAAGAAACAGCAUGUGAAGAAAAAGGAAGCACAAGAUGGGUUAGAAAUGACACAAUCUGGACUCAAGAAAAUUACCAGGCUUGGUAUUGAAGCCAAGAAAGAAGAAAAUUUGGCAGACUGGUAUUCUCAAGUUAUCACUAAGGCUGAUAUGAUUGAUUAUUAUGAUAUUAGUGGUUGUUACAUUUUAAGACCAUGGUCAUUUAGCAUUUGGGAAGUCAUACAAAAGUUUUUUGAUGCAAAAAUAAAAAGCAUAGGGGUUCAAAAUUGCUACUUUCCAAUGUUUGUGUCUGCUCAGGCUCUAGAGAAAGAGAAAACUCAUGUUGAAGAUUUUGCUCCAGAAGUUGCAUGGGUCACAAGAUCUGGAAAUUCUGACCUUGCUGAACCAAUAGCCAUCCGCCCAACAAGUGAAACUGUUAUGUAUCCUUAUUAUGCCAAAUGGAUAAAGUCACACCGAGAUCUCCCAAUUCAACUUAACCAGUGGUGUAAUGUGGUUAGGUGGGAAUUUAAACAUCCUCAACCAUUCCUCAGAACAAGAGAGUUUUUGUGGCAAGAAGGACAUUCAGCAUUUGCUACACAAGAAGAAGCUGUUAAAGAAGUGUAUCAGAUCCUGGAAUUUUAUGCUGAAGUUUAUGAGAAAUUGCUUGCUAUUCCAGUUAUUCGAGGUAGGAAAACAGAAAGGGAAAAGUUUGCUGGAGGUGAUUUUACAACAACUGUAGAAGCUUAUGUUUCAGCUAGUGGUCGAGGCCUUCAGGGAGCAACAUCGCAUCAUUUAGGUCAAAAUUUUUCAAAAAUGUUUGAAGUAGUUUUUGAAGACCCUGAAACAUCCGAGAAAAAAUUUGUUUACCAGAACUCGUGGGGUAUUAGCACUCGUACUAUUGGUGCUUUGGUCAUGAUCCAUUCAGAUAAUGUUGGUCUUGUUUUGCCUCCUCAAGUUGCUUGUUUCCAGGUUGUCAUUAUACCUUGUGGUAUCACAGCUAGCCUUACUGAUGCAGAUAAAAAUGAUUUAAUUAACAAGUCCAAAGACUUUGAAAGUAUGUUAAUGGAAAGUGGAAUAAGAACCCACUGUGAUUAUCGAGACAAUUAUUCUCCUGGAUGGAAGUUCAACCACUGGGAAUUAAAAGGUGUCCCUCUUCGGGUAGAACUUGGUCCAAGAGAUAUUAAACAACAGCAGUUUGUAGCUGUACGACGAGACACUGGUGAGAAGAUGACUUUAAAAAUGGAAGAAGCAGUGGUUGUUAUUAAAGAUCUUCUGGAUAAAAUUCAGAAUAGCCUGUACCAGAAAGCUUUGGAUGACUUGAAUAAAUACCUAACUGUUUCUCAUGAAUGGGAAGACUUCCUUGAGAAGCUAGACAAUCGUUGCAUUAUUCAGUCUCCAUUCUGUGGUGAAGGUUGUUGUGAAGAGAAAAUUAAGAAAGACAGUGCUAAAGAUGCAGAUGAAUUAGGAGAAUCUAGUGGACCAGCAAUGGGAGCUAAAACUUUAUGUAUUCCAUUUAAGCAACCUGGGGAGAUUACAGCUGACUUAAAAUGUAUAUAUCCUUCAUGUAAUAACAAACCCAAGUUCUACACUUUAUUUGGUCGAAGUUACUAGCAUACCAGAGGUUUCAGAUUCAGUCAGCUGUAAUGAUAAAAAUUUAAUUAUUAAAUUUCUAUAAUGGUUAAAAUCUGAAUUUUUGUAUCAGUAAGUGGUGUUGUUUUUAAAAAUCAUUUUCUAAUUUGAUUAAGUUUCUGAAACUUGUACAUUUUAUAUACUAUAGUCAGCUUCAAAGUUUUUCUGAUAACAGAAAAUGCUAGAAAUGUGUAAGUACAUUUAGGAAGUCAACAUUUUUGGAACUUUUUAGGUUGAAAAAGUAUAUAGAUUUUUAUCUAUACAGAGCGAAGUUUGAAAAUUUAAUUACAGGAUUAGAAAACAUCUAAUUUGCAAAAUGUUUUAUGAUUGAGCAUAAACUGUUAUUUCACUAAGAUUUUGCUAAAUGUUCAACAAUUAAGUGCAAGUUAACUAUUAGAGAUUAAUUUGAAGAAACUUCCAACUUCCUAUAAAUUUAUAACUUAUUGACUUAAUUGCUAUACAGCAUUCUUACUUAUGUAUUAGAUGUACAAACAGGCAUGUUCCUUUUUUUUUUAAAUGAAUUGUAUUUCUUCAAAAUGAAAAUAAGCUGCAUGUCUUUCAUGAAACAGUUUUGUGUAAAUACUAGAAUAUCAUAGAUUUACAUGACACUAGUAUGAUAUAUGGUAUGAACAUAAUUCAUAAUGUGUGUAACUCUGAAAAACGAUGACAUAAUUUAAGUCCUAAAACAAAGAUAUAAAAAAAUGAAAUGCACAAUGGUAUUUAUUUUAUUAUUAUUUUUUCAGUAUAGGGAGGGUCAAUAACUACUAUACCAACAUCCACUGUGUGUUUUUGGGUAGUAUUAUGCUUAUGUGGUAUGAGGAGCAUGUACUAAAUACAAUACUCAUUAUUACGUAAUCUUGUUACUUCAUUAAAUGCAUCUAACACUUAACAUGAAGAUAGAAUGCUCAGUAUUCUGACAUAACAUAAUGUUAUGGAUAGCUUGGGACCUAUCGAUCCAUCUCUGUUGUCCCAUUCUCUAAACUAAACUAAAACAAUUUGGCUUAAGGAAAUGAUUUGGUGAAAAGCUAUAAAACUGAUGAGUUGUGGCAACUUUUAACCUUUUCUUUUUAUCAAGCCACCUUUGAAGUUGUAAAACUCAAAUGUUAGUUUAUUGUAUUGUCUAAAAUUAAAAAAAAAAAGUUCUCAUCUAUAUAACAAUGAGGGAAGUUAUUCUUAAAAAGAUUUUAACAGAUUUUCUUUUAGCUUUUCCUCGUGGUUUAGUAAUUGCACAUUUUUUAUAUGAUACUAAUAAUGAUUAUUUCUGAAGAAUAUGCAAAAUUUCUUAUUUGUAUUAAAUUUGGAUCUUGAAUAAACAAUAAACUGCAGUUUUGAGAGGAAAUUUUUUUAUUUGUUAUUGUUUAAAGUAUUUAAGAAAAGGAUGCUGUAUUAUUUUAGGGCAAAUUCUUAAUUUUAACUAAGUUAUUGUAAUUUAAAAUGUGACUUCAUAGAAGAAACAAAAAAAAACGUCCAGUUUCAUGUGGUAGAUCAAUACCUAUACUGAUUGGAACAUUUAUUGAUAACAUCCUUUUGUAUUUGUGUGUAAAUGCACAUGAAAGCUGGAAAAGAAUCUUCCUUUAUUGAAUGUUUCAGUUGCAAUACUGAAUAAAAUGUUGUAUUUUAAAUUAAAUACCUAAUUUAUCAUU